AUGAUGAUAGAUAUUGACGAUGGUAUCAUGAAACUAAGAGUCCAAGACGAGGAGGUAUGCUUUAAUCUCUUCGAAGCCAUGAAACAACCUAAGGAUAAAAGCGACUGCUUCCGUCUAGAUGUCACCGAAGAGAUAGCAAUAGAAGUGGUCAGUGAGAUACAUCUCUCUAAUCCGUUAGAAAGAUCCCUUGUUGAUUCUUUUAAUGUGCUGACUCAAGAGGAAGAAAGGGAAAUCGACGGAUUUGUGAAAGAACUAGAAAAGGGAGGAAACAUGAAUGAUAAGGAUGGGAAAGUGGAAACAUUAGACCCGCCAAAAGAAGUGAAGGAAACAAAGAUGGAACUAAAGCUACUCCCAACUCAUCUGAAAUAUGUUUUCUUAGAUAAGGAUGGAAAGAAACCAGUAGUUAUUAGUUCAAAGUUGACUACACAAGAAGCAGAAAGAUUACUUCAAGUCCUACAAAAGAAUAAAGCUGCAAUCGGAUGGGUUUUGGACGAUUUAAAAGGUAUAAGUCCAGCAUAUUGUAUGCACAAAAUCAUGUUGGAAAAAGAAUUCAAACCGGUAGCUCAACCACAAAGAAGGUUAAAUCCAACUAUGAAAGAAGUGGUAAGAAAAGAGGUAGUCAAACUCUUGGAAGCAAGAAUGAUUUACCCAAUUUCAGACAGCACAUGGGUGAGUCCAGUACAAGUAGUGUCGAAGAAAGGAGGAAUGACCGUCAUUAGUAAUGAGAAGAAUGAAUUAAUACCAACAAGAACUGUCAUUGGGUGGAGAAUGUGCAUCGAUUAUCGGAGACUCAAUAAAGCCACGAGGAAAGAUCACUUCCCUCUACCUUUCAUGGAUCAAAUGCUUGAAAGACUAUCCAGACAAAACUAUUACUGUUUCCUAGAUGGAUACUCCGGAUACAAUCAGAUUGUGGUCAACCCAGAAGACCAUGAGAAGACAGCUUUUACAUGUCCUUUUGGAAUUUUUGCAUACAGAAGAAUGCGAUUCGGAUUAUGUAAUGCCCCAGCCACCUUUCAACGGUGUGUGCAAGCAAUCUUCUCCGACCUCAUUGAAAAGAGUAUUGAAGUAUUCAUGGAUGAUUUUUCCGUUUUCGGAAAAUCCUUUGAUAUUUGUCUGGCUAAUCUAGAUGAGGCUCUAGGAAGAUGUAUUGAGACCAACCUAAUUCUAAAUUGGGAGAAAUGCCAUUUCAUGGUUUCAAAUCGUGAAAUUCUGUUAUGGAAAUUGGAAGCGAAAUCCGCAGCAAAAAUCGAAGCAAAAACCACAUAUAAAUCCGCAGAUUCAAUGCCACACUCAUAUGUGAGACCAUGA